UGAAGGAUGGUGUUACAAAAGUCUGACAACAGUGUUUCUAGUUGAUGCAGUAUUGUUGCUGCCGAUUUACAACUGUUUUACUGAAUAUAAACAACGUACUGAAACACACUGGAGGUUCAACACUCUAACUAAUAGGAUGGAAAUAGUAACAGAACCCAGACUCAGUCUAAGACUGAUAUCAAAAUGUCUGUUCAUCUUGGACGUGCAGGUUCUCGUGCUAGGUGUCGUCAUAUGGACAAGCCAUGAAGACUUCAAGCUCCUGUCUGCGUUCUUGGUGAUUUCUGGAACACUGGGGAUGUUAAUUGGAACUAGCGCAUGUCUAGCAGAGACAGGACACAAGAACUCCUCAGCCAAUUUUAUGACUCGGGUUUGUGGAAGGAUUUUCAACACUGACUUCAUUCUGUUCGCCGGGAUUCCAUUGGUACUCGUUACCAUCAUAACUUGUGCUUUUUCCAUCUUUUCCUUACAAACGACUACCCUGACCUUCCAUAAGUCUCCGACCCCGUACUCUUUCCUUAUCUGUGCCACUGCAUUGACAAGCAUGUCGGUAGUCGCGGUAUCUGCUUUUGUGAAGUCAGUGUUAAAUCACCAGCUAACAGUUGGAGCAUUACUCACGCCAUAUCAGUCUCUUGAGAAUGACAUAGAACCACGAAAGACUGACAUGAAAUCAGAAAAGAAACUGAUGUUUAACGUGUAACAUAUUAAUGUAUCUCACCAAAAGAAAUCUCCAACAUUUACGAAUAGUCCAACAGAUGAUACAUCAAUGUCUCUUUCAUGGCCAUAUGUGUGUCGAUGAAUAUUGAUGUUUUGUAUAUAUGAUGGACUUGAACAUUACAUUGUACGCUGUAUCUGUAUAUCGUAGCAAUCACCUGCUAUUUCCUUCGAUUAAAUGUGAUUUGUUUACAUAUGCAAUGAUGAUGUGGUGCCUUUAUGACCACUGCGUAUCAAUAUUUCACGGGGAAAUGGAACGGUAUUAUGGAAAAUCCAUAGGGACAAGUAUAU